GAAGCAGCAGAAGAAGAAGCAGCAGAAGAAGAAGCAGCAGAAGAAGAAGCAGCAGCAGAAGAAGCAGCAGCAGAAGAAGAAGAAGCAGCAGCAGCAGAGGCAGCAGAGGAAGAAGAAGCAGCAGAAGAAGAAGCAGCAGAAGAAGAAGCAGCAGCAGGAGAGGCGGGGUGAGCCUGGUGUGUACACAACUCCGGGAUUCACAGAGUUGUGUAGUUUCAGUUACGGGAACAGACGCUCAGGAAAAACCAGCGAUAAGAUGCAGCUCCACAGCCUCGAUGAUGCCGCUCGGGUUUUGUUCUGGAUCGACGUGGGCGCUGGCCUUCCCUUUACUCUGCUGCUCCUCUGUUGUCUGUUCUGCCUGCCUCGAAAGGAUCAGCUCCCCAUCACCUAUGUCGCAAACCUCCUCAUCUCCAAUCUGAUUCAAAUCUGCUUCUUGUGCAUCUGGAUCUUCUCUUUUGAUGGAAAUGGCAAAAUCCCGAUAAUCCCAAUAAUCUCUACAUUUGGUUUCUUCUGCGGUAUGACGACCAGUCUCUGCUUCAGGAUGUGUGUCGCGCUGGAAAGGUACAUGGUGAUCGCCUUUCCAGAACAGAACUGCAUCAGACGAGCUGGGACUUCUGUGUUUGUGUGUGUCGCGAUCUGGGUCCUUUGUUUUAUCAUAAUUUUUUUUGGCCUAUACAUGGUGCGUUUUUUUUUCCUCCCCUACCUCACCCUCGUACCUUUCCCCCUGUUCAUCGCCUGUCUGGCUUUGACUCUCAGAGCGCUGCCUGCUGCCACCUCUGUGCCCGCUGAGGAAAAACGAAGAACUGUGGGAGUUUUGGUUCUGUUGCUGGUUAAUUACACUCUGUUGAUCCUUCCUUCAAUCAUUAUUAUGAUUGUAAUGUUUCCAAACCCCUUUGAUUUCCCAGGGGUCGUUCUGCCCCUGAUUCAGCUCAGUGCUUUUCCGGAUUUGAUUCUGGUUGUUCUCAUGCGGGAAGGGCCCGUCGACAAGUUGCUGGCGCGCCUGUGCUGCUGCAGGACGGACGACGUUGCAGCAGAUGAUUGUGGAGAAUCACAAGUGUGACUGAUGUAGGAUGUAGACAGGUGGGUGCAUGUAGGCACAGAGAAAAAGAAAGAAAGAAAGAGAGGCAGGGAAAUUAAAAUCAAGGCAGCAUCUUUAACAGAUGAUGUUUGCAUGUGGACACCUGACAGAAAAAAGGAAGCGUUUAUGAUGUUGACUGUUGGACACUGAAAAUGAAAAUGCAAAUUUUAUAAUUACAGAAAGACUCCAGAUAUUAUUUACAUGUUUAACACAGAGAGAGAAUUUUAACAAAUCUUUAGGGUUUGUUUUCUUUUAUUGUUCUCUCAUUAACGUUUUAAUAGUCGUUCACCUUUUCCUGUUUUCCAAACACACCUGUCGUUCCCUCCAGACGACCCCACAGUCUCUUCAGCUAAACCUCUCUAACACUGAACUCCUUGUCAUCCCAGCCAGUCGGUCUCUCCAUCAAGAUUUCAAAGUCGCCUCUUUAUCUCUCACCCCAACCAAAGUCUGGAGAAACCUGGGUGUCAUGUUUGAUGACCAGCGUUCCUUCUCUGACCAUGUUGCAUCUGUCUCCUGGUCGUGUCUCUUUGCUUUAUACAACAUCAGAAAAAUCAGGCCUUACCUGACUCGGCACUCCACCCACCUCUUAGUCCAGGCCAUGGUUCUCUCUCACCUCACCUCCCUUCAUUCACAGUGAAACCCGAAUAGAUAACAGCCCGUCUGGUCUUCGAUCAGCCCGAAAAGUAACGAGUCACUCCUCUGCUCAUCGACCUCCACUGGCUGCCCACGGCCGCCUGAAUCAGAUUCACGUCUCUAAUGCUGCCUUCAGAGAGACUUCUGACUCUGCUCCAUCUACUUGAACUCAAUCAGCUUUAUGCUCCUCCUCAACCACUGCGUUCCUCCAGGGAUCGUCGUCCGUCACAAUCUCUUGGAUCCUCAUCUCUUCAGAGAGCAGCUCGUCUCCUAACAGCUCUAACAUUCCUAACUAGCUCUCACUUUGCACUUUCACUGCACUUCUUUACUUGAUGUCCUUGCACUUUUUAAAUAGAUGUAGUCCUCAGUACUUACGCCAAGGUUUCCUACUGCACCGAGGCUUUAGUGACGUCCCUCACUUGUAAGUCACUUUGGAUAAAAGCGUCUGACAAAUAUCUAAAUGUAAGAAUUUGUAAUGUGCAUGUCAGUUCAUAUUCAUAUUCUUUUGUUUUCAAUGUGCAAAUAAUAAAUUCAAUUCAAUUUGUUUAUUAUUUUUCA